AUGUCGACUGGAAGAAAAAAAAAAAAAAAAAGGAAACAGUGUUCUAGGGGGACGAAAUUGAAGGUUGUAGAAUCGACCAAUACACUUGGGAAAGGUUUGAUACCCCAGUUCCUACAAGAGUUGAUGUGUAGAGAGGACACGUUUUUGACAAAGGUACUAUGUUUUCAAGUACCAAUAAGCCAUAAAAUAACAAAGAGUGGGUUGGAGUUAAAGAAACUCAAAAACAAGGAACUUCAGAAAGGGUUGAAAGCUGGAGAUGGUGACCAAGUAAAUAAUUUUGAUUUUGUUGAUGUAGGUUGA